GGGUCCUCAAAGUUCUGUGGGGUGACACAGCAUCCCUGGAAUGUGAGGGGCAGGAUGGAGAGUCCCACAGGGCUUUGGGGCCCGAGCAGAGGAUAGGGGACUCCCUGGCCUGGGUGGGGACAGGAUGGGGGGGUCCCAUAGGCCUUUGGGAGGCAGGACAGGGGUCCCCCCAACCUGGAGAGCACAACAGGGGCUCCCAACGCAGCUGUGCCCGGCCUGGGAGAGGGUCUGGGGGACCCUGGUGGCCCCCACCCGCCUGAGGGCCCCUUGUCCCCGCAGUGUCCCCCGCCCGUGUCCCUCCCGCACGUUGCCCCCGUGUCCCCCCGCUGUCCCCGCGCUGUCCUGGCCCUUUGUGGCCGCGGAUUGUUCUGGCUUUGCCGGGCUCAGCACCCCCCGUGCCCCCCCCGUGCUGAUCCAGGCCCUUCGCCCGCUGACUCACCCCACGUGCGGGGCCGGUGCUGAGCUGGCAGAGCCACGGCCCGGGGGGGCACGGGGGGUCCCCCGAACCCUCCACCCCCCCCAGGGACCCGCCUGGCAGGGACAGCCCUGCCCCUGUGCCUGUCCCAGCUGUGCCACCCCCACAGCCCCUCUCCCCUGUCUUGUCCCAUCCGUGUGAGCCCCCCGUGUCCCCUCAGGGGCAGCCCCGUUCCCAUUCCCAUCCCAGGUGUGUGACCCCCCUUCCCUCACCCCCAGCCUUUCAUCCCGGCCUUUCAUCUCCGGUCGUCCUGGCAAUACCCCAAAGGGGGGGGGGGUUGCCAUGGCACCCAGGGAUGCUCUGAACCCAAGCCAAGGACCCUGCAGCCCCCCCAGGGUUCUGUCCAGCCCCUCAGCCCCCAGGGGUGGCAGUGCUGGGGUAGGAGGUGCCCACAGCUGUGCCAUGGCCAUCAGGGAGGUAAGGCCCUGCCAACAGCCCCCGUCCCCCCAGAGCCACAGCCCCGGGGUCCUGCCCUGCCACGGGGGGUGGGUGAGUAGUGCCCUAACUCAUGGGGACCCCCCAGCCUGGCACAGGGGUCCCUGUGUGCCCCCCACUGCGGCUCCGGCCCCCACCUCCAUUCCCAUAACCCCCUGUGAGCCCCCCCGUGUCUCCCGGCCUGGUGCCCCCAUUGCCAGGGUGCUCCAUCGCCGCAGUGCCCGGGUGCUGAGGGCCCCAUGCCCACGGUCUCCAUCCCCAAGGGACCCCUCCCCUGGGGUACCCCCUCCCCACGGUACGUGGCCCCUGGAGGACCCCCAUGCCCAAAGCCUCGUGUCACCACGUCCCCCAGUCCCAGCGGUGACCCCCCUCUCCCCCCAGGAGCUGUGCAGCGGCCGCCUCUGGCGGGGGGUGCUGGUGGAGGCCGUGGGGACCCUCAUCUUCGUGGGGGUGGUGCUGGGGGCCUCGGCGGGCCCCGGCCCCCUGGCGCCGGCGCUGGCCGGGGGGCUGGCGGCCGGGGGGCUGGUCUGCACCCUCGGGGGGCCGCAGGCCAACCCCGCGCUCACGCUGGCCCUGCUGUGCACCCGCAAGCUCGGCGUCCUCCGCGGGGCCCUGGCGGUCCUGGCCCAGUGCGCGGGGGCUUCGCUCGCUGCCGCGGCCUGCCGGCCGGCACCGGCCCGCUCACCGGGGUGAGUGUCCCCAGCCCCGCGCCCUCCCGGGGCAAUCGGGGUGGGUGGACAGGUGUCCCUCCUGCAGGUGGGGACGGCGGGGACGGUGCUGGCCUGGGAGACCUUCGGCACCUUCCAGCUGGCGCUGGCCGCCUUCGCCACGGCCGAGCGCGCGACCCCGCAGGCCGGGCUGGCCCUGGGCAGCGCCGUGGCCACCGGUGCCCUGGCCGCGGGGCCAUUCUCGGGGGGCAGCAUGAACCCCGCACUCGCACUGGGGCCGGCUGUCGUCACCGGGGUCUGGGACCGCCACUGGGUGUACUGGCUGGGGCCGGUGCUGGGCGCGGUGCUGGCCGGGCUCUCCUACGAGUUCCUCCUGGCCCCCGGAGCCUCCCGGGAGAAGUUGGGCGCCUGCCUCGCCUGCCGGGACGUGGCACUGGUGGAGACCCCCAGCCCAUCCCCUUCCUCACCCUCCGCCCGUGGCCCCCAAGCCACCCAGGCUGAGCGGGAUCAGGGCACGGCGUGAGCCCCCUGGACCCCCUCUCUGAUCCCCCCCACCAAUCCUCGACACCCCGAUGCCCUUUCCCCACAGCCCCCAGAGCCUUCCGUGGGGGGCAGCCAGGGCACGGUGUCCCUCCACUGGGAUGGGGGUCCCUGUACGAUGGCUCCAGCCCCCCCCAACCUUUUACUUCCCCCUCUGCCUCCCCGGGGGGAUUAAAGGUGUUUGGGGGUCGCAGGUGGGCCCGGAGUGAUGCUGUGAUGGGCAGGGGGUCCCGACCACCGCCCUCGGACCAUGAGGGUGCCGCGACGACGCUGGGGCUGCUGGUGGGUGGGUGCCCCCUCCCAGCGGCCCCCCGGUGAGGGUGGGGGCCGGGACCCCCCGUUGGCCCGUCCCGUGCCGGGGCGCUGAGCACAGCAAAGCCCUUUGUGGUGGCCUCUGCAGCCCCGGCAGAUUCUGGCGGGCGCCAAUGGCCGGGCCGAGCCCUAAUCCCCCCGGCCGGGGACUCAGCGCCCGCUAAGCCGGGCUGAAUAAACCCUCCCGCAGACAACAGCAGCGGGGGGGCCGCCCCCGCAGCCCCCAGUGGGGCUGAACCAGGGGGAGCCACCCGGGAACCCCCUUUGGGUAGGGGAGGCUCCUGAUGGGGUUGCCCCAAAG